AUGUUACUGAGCUCAUUGAUUCCUACAUUACCAUUGUGUAAUGCAGAUUUUUCACAUUUACAGCAAGGAAUGUGCUCUGGUAAACAUUUGCAAACUCUGAAACAAUAUCUAGCACUUUGUGCGAAGUCAAAGAACUUCAUGGAUAUUGCUGGAACUGUGCGCACAGUAUCGGCUUCUGAGGGGCGCGUGCGGGUGGAGUUCGACGUGCUGUCCAGGAUGACAAAUCCCGUGGGCACCCUGCAUGGAGGCUGCACGGCCACCCUCAUCGACAUGUUGACGACCUGCGCCUGCAUGACAACACCAAGAGGACAACCCGGUGUGAGCGUGGAUCUUCAUGUGACGUAUCUCGCAGCAGCCAAAGAAGGCGAAACAGUACUACUCGAUGCAGAAGUGAUUCGGUCAGGGAAGACAUUGGCUUUUACGAAGGCUGACCUCUACCUUAAAUCUAGUAAUAAAAUCAUUGCAACUGGAUUACACACGAAGGCUUUCCCUUGCACACAAGCAGUGGAAAAGUAA